GUCUGUGUCUGCCCCAGCCGCUACCGAUAAAGUUGUUGUUCUGCCAACAUGGCGGCGCCCAUAAUGACUGUCCAGGCCGUGUUCGCCUAAAAGUGGAAACAGAGGCGUGAGGAGCCGCAGGCCGGAGCCUGUGAGCAGGAUCUCCCCACCUUCUGCAGAAUGGCUUCUGCUUGGCGGAGACUGGGCUUUUAUGUCUCUUUUCUGAAAAGCCAGCUAGAAGGUCAGCCAGGAAUCGUCAGCAGGGGAAGGAGAGUGAUUCUGGGAUGCACCAGAGAUAUAUACAGUGCCACUGGAGAGUGGACGAAAGAGUACACACUGCAGACAAGAAAGGAAGUCGAGAAAUGGUGGCAUCACCGUAUAAAAGAACAGGCCUCCAAAAUUUCAGAAGCCGAUAAAUCAAAACCCAAGUUCUACGUACUGUCCAUGUUCCCUUAUCCUUCCGGCAAGUUGCACAUGGGCCACGUGCGUGUGUACACCAUCAGCGACACCAUCGCGCGGUUCCAGAAAAUGAGAGGGAUGCAGGUGAUCAACCCCAUGGGAUGGGAUGCCUUUGGACUGCCGGCCGAAAAUGCAGCCAUCGAGAGGAAUCUACAUCCAGAAAGUUGGACGCAGAGUAAUAUUGAACACAUGAGGAAGCAGCUUGAUCGACUGGGCCUGUGUUUCAGCUGGGACAGGGAAAUAACUACAUGUUUACCAGAUUACUACAAAUGGACUCAGUACCUCUUUAUUAAACUCUAUGAAGCUGGGCUGGCCUAUCAGAAGGAGGCCUUGGUUAACUGGGACCCAGUGGACCAAACGGUGCUUGCCAACGAGCAGGUGGAUGAACACGGCUGUUCGUGGCGUUCUGGAGCAAAGGUGGAGCAGAAGUACCUCCGACAGUGGUUUAUUAAGACAACUGCUUAUGCAAAGGCCAUGCAGGACGCGCUGGCGGACCUUCCAGAGUGGUAUGGAAUAAAAGGCAUGCAGGCCCACUGGAUCGGGGACUGUGUGGGCUGCCGUCUGGACUUCGCAUUGAAGGUGGAUGGUCAAGUCACCGGAGAAAAGCUGACCGCCUACACGGCCACACCCGAGGCCAUCUAUGGCACCUCCCACGUGGCCAUCUCUCCCAGCCACAGACUCUUACACGGGCACAGCUCGCUGAAGGAAACCUUCUGGAAGGCACUCGUCCCUGGCAAAGAUUGCCUCACGCCCGUGAAGGCUGUGAACAUGCUCACCCAGCAGGAGGUCCCUGUCGUUAUCUUGGCCAAAGCUGACUUGGAGGGCUCUCUGGAUUCCAAAAUAGGAAUUCCGAGCACCAGCCCGGAGGACGCCACCUUGGCCCAGACCCUGGGUCUCGCCUACACCGAAGUCAUUGAAACUUUGCCGGAUGGCACAGAGAGGUUGAGCAGCUCUGCUGAGUUCACAGGCAUGAGCCGGCAGGAUGCGUUUCUAGCCUUGACUCAGCAAGCCCGGACGAAGAAGGUAGGUGGCGACGUGACGAGCAACAAGCUGAAGGACUGGCUUAUCUCCAGACAGCGGUACUGGGGCACACCCAUCCCCAUGGUCCACUGCCCGGCCUGCGGCCCCGUGCCCGUGCCUCUGCAGGAUUUGCCCGUGACCUUGCCCCGAGUUACGUCUUUCACCGGCAAGGGAGGCUCCCCGCUGGCCACGGCUUCAGACUGGGUGAACUGCGCCUGCCCUAGGUGCAGGGGUGCCGCCAAGAGAGAGACGGACACCAUGGACACGUUUGUCGAUUCUGCCUGGUACUACUUCAGAUACACCGACCCGCAGAAUACUCAGAGCCCUUUUAACGCAGCGCUGGCGGAUUACUGGCUGCCUGUGGAUUUGUACAUCGGAGGGAAGGAACACGCCGUCAUGCAUUUGUUCUACGCGAGGUUCUUUAGCCAUUUCUGCCACGAUCAAAAAAUGGUCAAACACAGAGAGCCUUUCCAUAAGCUGCUAGCCCAAGGCCUUAUCAAGGGGCAGACAUUCCGCCUGCCAUCGGGACAGUAUCUACAGAGAGAAGAAGUAGAUCUCACAGGUGCGGUUCCCGUUCACGCAGAAACGAGGGAGAAGCUGGAGGUGACGUGGGAGAAAAUGAGCAAGUCCAGACACAACGGGGUGGACCCCGAGGAGGUCGUCGAGCAGUACGGCCUCGACACCAUCCGGCUCUACAUCCUCUUCGCUGCCCCUCCUGAGAAGGACAUCCUGUGGGACGUGAAGACCGAUGCCCUCCCCGGGGUGCUGAGGUGGCAACAGCGUCUGUGGGCCUUGGUGACCUGCUUCAUCGAGGCCAGGGCUCCUGGGACAGUUCCCCGGCCCCAGCUGCUGAGUGACAAGGAGAGAGCCGAGAGCAGGAGGCUCUGGGAGUACAAGAACUCGGUCAUCUCUGAGGUGACUGCCCAUUUCACAGAGGACUUCUCACUGAAUUCUGUAAUUUCUCAGCUGAUGGGACUCACCAGUGCCCUUCUGCAAACUUCUCCGAGAGUGGUUCUCCACAGCCGCGAGUUUGAGGACGCGCUCUGUGCCCUGGUGGUGAUGGCUGCCCCGAUGGCCCCCCACAUCGCCUCCGAGCUCUGGGCUGGCCUGGCGCAGGUUCCUGGGAAGCUGUGUGCCCACUACGCCUGGGAUGCCGGUGUGCUGCUGCAGGCCUGGCCGGCUGUGGACCCACAGUUCCUUCAGCAGCCGGAUGUGGUGGAGAUGGCCGUCCUGAUCAACAACAAACACCACGGCAAGAUCCCGGUGCCCCAGGGUGUCGCGCGGGACCAGGACAAAGUCCAUGAGCUCGUCCUCCAAAGCGAGCUGGGUGUCAGGCUCUUGCAGGGGCGAAGCAUCAAGAAGGCUUUCCUGUCCCCCAGAACAGCCCUCAUCAACUUCCUGGUGCAGGACUGACUGCAGGGGGCGCCCCUGAGGAAGGAGGCCUGUGUGGGCCCAGGACCUGGCAGCCAUUGACGUCUUGAAUGUUUACCUCUGCGCUCUGCUGGUCAGGCUUGGGCAGUGAGCCUGUGCGGUGGGGCCCGGCGCAGGGGUGAGGGUGGGUGUGGGCAGAGGAGCAGAGACGGAGGGCUUGGGCAGCCGCAGCAGGUGGAGGAAGCCACCAGAGGAACUGCUGGGUGUUUCCUGGGUGUCAGCAGGAAGGCGAGAAGAGAAGCAAGUGAGAAUGAACGUGGCAAGCGGCCUGGGAGCUCUGACUCCUAGAAAUUGCACACUCCAGGGACAUGACGGUAAACUGAGGACCCACAAGCACGGGAGCAGCGAGGACAGCCAGUGUUGGACAGGUGACAGCCUGGGCAUCGUGGCAGAUGGUCCCCUCGCUUUCCAGCUAGAUGGAGGAGCCAUGGGGGUCAUGUCCAAAUAUUCCGAUGGUCUGCAGAAGCUGCUUUGCACCCAAAGGCAGGCGGGGCGGGUCCCUCCGCAGUUGUCCCCACUGCCGGGCCAGUUCUGUUGCCAGCUCCCGGUGAAGCACCACUUCCACCCUCCGCCAGGGUGUUAGAUGUGCUUUGUGGUGUAGCAGAGCCAUGCCGGUUCUGAGCUCAGCUGGAACCCAGCCCAGGGCACACUGCAGCCCCACAGGGAGUCUGCUCAUGUGUGCCCCAGAUGGCAGCGCCGUUGACAUAGGCCCCCAUGCCGGGUAUUAGCAUGAGCUCGCUCACCAUGGUCCAGUGGGCCAGAAGCACCGGGUACCGCCUCCAUGUUCAGGCUGCUGCCGCCUGGCUACCCAGGAGGUGGCCAGGAACAGACCCCCGUUGCCCGUGCAUUACAGUAAUCUGGUUUUCUAUGAAGUCAGCAGUUAGGUGCCCUUCUCAGAACUGGCCUGAGCCACUGAUUCAUACUUAAUGGGCCAGUGGGAGAGAAUCCAGCCAUUCUAUGCCACUGAAAACCUCUAUUUGUUUUCUGAAUCCGUUUUUCUGAAGUAGCCUCAGAUGUGGCUGUAGUCGGGCAGCUAACAGAUGACCUUUUUUAUUGCAAUAAAAUGCGUGUCAUGUA